CCCAAUUUAAUAGAAUCCGACUCAUCUUGUCACAUCGUCUAAAAGUUAUUAUAUUUUUGACUUGCUAAAUUAUUUUAGUUUAUUUUUUGAUUUAUUUAUUAUUGUUUAUAUGUAGUCAAGUGGCAUUCGAAAGGAUAACUGAGUACAGAGACACAUUUCGACGAGACCUCAGGCCUCGGCCUUUGGCCAAAAACACUAAAAAUAUUGGAAUAUUCAUCUAAAAAGAUCAUACCCAAGCUAAAUUGACAUAUUUCAUAAUUUUUUAUUUUGUUUAGUAAUAAUGUCUCAGUGGAAUAAUUCUUAUUCUUAUAACCAGUACCAAGCACCUAAUAAUUGGAACAACGAUUAUAAUAGCCAGUAUCAAGCUUAUUAUCCAAAUCCGAAUAGGCAAUAUGACCCCAGUAAUCAAUAUGUUAGUUUUGAUGAAUUUCUAUCUCAAAUGCAAAUUUCAAAUCCACCACCUGCGAAUCCCGCUAACUACAAUAAUAUACAAUAUCAAAACUAUCCAAAUGCUCAAUAUAACAAUAUACCCAGUUAUCAAAAUGGUACCACACCUCAAAGCUCCCAGGCAGAAUAUGCCUAUGGAUCAAACACUGCCAAUUUUCCUAAUAAUGAGGAAACUUAUCAACCAAACAUGCAUAAUCAAUAUAACCCGGUGACCUCAGAUAAAAAUAAUUACACAAAUGAAGUGGUUUUUAAAUCAAAGCUAACACCAACUGCUACUGAAUUUGUGCCCAAAAGUUCCAAAUCGAAAUCUCCGAGCAGUCCACACAAUGAGAACAAUGAGUCCUCACAAGAAGCAAGUUCAUCGAGUGGUGCAUUAAGUAAACCAUCCAGUAAUUAUUCAAAACCAUCUUGUUCCACCAAUUGGAGAGAAAAACCCCAUAGCUCUCAACAAAGUACCUCAUAUAGUAAUGACACAACGAGUCAGAUGCAAAAAUUUUCUAAAAAUCAAGAUUUAAAUCGAACCAAUAAAGGUGAGUCAAAAAUUCGUAAUCAAGACUGUUAUAAUAGCCACCCCGAGUCUUUAGAUCAAAGCUCUACUAAAAUGCAUAAAGACUCAUCAAACCGUCCCAAUGAACUAAACAAUCGGAACCGCAAAUCCAAAAAUCGUUCUACUAAUAAUAAUCAAACCCAAGACACUAACUACCGUAAUCAAGAUUUUAAUCAUCAAGAUUCUAAUAAUCAUAGAACAAACAAUCGUAACAGCGAUUUCAACAGCUUUAAUCAUGAGACAAAUGCUCAUGAUGAUGUUAGCAUGCAAAAUGAAGGGGGCCAAUCAAAAUCCAACCCUAAGGCUAAGAAUAAAGAGUCUGAUGUAGGUCGAACUUUUUACAACAGUACACUGCCUAAAGAAAGUCAAGAUGUUAGAAAUGGUAGAAAUGAGGGAUCACGAAAUCGCAAAUGGGCAGGCACUCAGCGGUUAAGAGCUGUGGAACGCAAUAGUACUGAGGAUGAACAAUAUGCCAAUACAUAUGCAUAUCAUAGGGAAGAAAAAGUGAAAGACAAUGUGUCAAGUCCAAUGAGAGGAAAAAAGCCUUUUACAAAUGCAGGAGCAAAUACAGAAAUGACCCAGCGCGAACGUCUUAGUGAACAAUUAGAUAAAGGAACGCUUGAAUGUCUAGUGUGUUGUGAAAGAGUGAAACAAACUGAUGUUGUUUGGUACUGCAGCAACUGCUACCAUGUACUGCACCUCCGCUGUAUAAGGAAGUGGGCCAUAAGCAGUUUGGUUGAAGGCAAAUGGCGCUGUCCAGCUUGCCAGAAUACAAAUCAAGUCAUACCGGUUGAAUAUAGAUGUAUGUGUGGAGCAGUACGCAACCCAGAAUAUCAGAGAGGCUCAAGUGGAGCUCACACUUGUGGAAAAUCGUGUAAGCGGCCAAGGAACUGCCCACAUCCUUGUACAUUGCUUUGUCAUCCUGGCCCUUGCCCACCAUGUCAAGCAACUAUUAAGAAGAAAUGCGGCUGUGGCACAGAGACACGCUCGAUACUUUGCAGCAGCAAAUUGGCACAAGUUUGCGGUCGUCAAUGUAAUCGCAAACUCGAGUGUGGGGUGCACUCGUGCACAAAAGACUGCCAUGAAGGUCCUUGCGAUGCUUGUGAAGAAAUUGUUACCCAAGUGUGCCACUGCCCCGCGGCAAAGUCUCGCUCCGUGCCGUGCACGGCGCAGUCCGGCGCGUGCGCGACGUGGUCGUGCGCGGCGCCGUGCGGGCGCGUGCUGGCGUGCGGCGCGCACGUGUGUCGCGCGCCGUGCCACGCGGCGCCCUGCCCGCCCUGCCCGCUGCUCCCCGACAACGUGCCCACCUGCCCUUGCGGCAACACCAGAAUAGGCAAAGAUCAGCGUAAAUCUUGUACAGACCCAAUACCACUUUGUAGUAAUAUUUGUGCCAAGCCCCUGCCCUGUGGUCCUGCUGGAGAUAAACAUUUCUGCAAAGAGUGUUGCCAUGAAGGUAAUUGUCGCGUCUGCCCUGACACCACGCCGGUGCAAUGUCGCUGCGGUCACUCCAACCGGGAAGUCCCCUGCGCAGACCUGUCGCAGAUGGUUAAUAAUGUGAUGUGCCAGAGAAAGUGCAAUAAGAAGCUGUCGUGCGGGCGCCACCGCUGCCGCACGGUGUGCUGCGACGCGCAGACGCAUCGGUGUGCCGUAGCUUGCGCGCGCACGCUGCCCUGUCAGCUGCACCGCUGCGAGGAGUUCUGUCACACCGGACACUGUCCGCCAUGUCCUAGAGUCAGCUUCGAGGAGCUCCGCUGCGAGUGCGGGACGGAGGUGGUGCUGCCGCCCGUGCGCUGCGGCACGAAGCCGCCCGCCUGCAGCGCGCCGUGUCGCCGCGUCCGCCCCUGCGGACACCCGCCGCACCACUCGUGCCACUCGGGCGACUGUCCGCCCUGCGUCGUGCUCACCACCAAGAUGUGCUACGGAAAGCACGAGGAACGCAAAACCAUUCCUUGUUCACAAGAGGAAUUUUCGUGCGGUCUGCCAUGUGGCAAGCCCCUACCAUGUGGAAAGCACACAUGCAUAAAAACUUGCCACAAAGGUUCCUGCGAUACUGGCAAAUGCACGCAAGCGUGCACGGAGAAGCGUCCGAGUUGCGGUCACCCGUGCGCUGCGGCGUGCCACUCGGGCGGUGGCGGCGCGUGUCCUAGCGGGGCGCCGUGCAAGCGCCUCGUGUGCGCCACGUGUCCGUGCGGGCGCCGCAAGGCGGAGCGCACCUGCUGCGACAAUGCCAGAGAUUAUGCCAAGAUGGUGAGCACUUUAGCAGCAUCAAAAAUGCAAGAGGGUGGUACUGUGGAUUUGACUGAAGUUCAGCGUCCCAGUGCAAUGCUUAAAACGCUAGAGUGUGACGAGGAGUGCUUCGUGGAGGCGCGCAGCCGCCGCCUGGCGCUGGCGUUGCAGCUGCGCAACCCUGACGUGUCGGCCAAGCUCGCGCCGCGCUACAGCGAGCACGUACGCACCACGGCUGCACGCGAGCCCGCCUUCGCGCAGCUCGUGCACGAACGACUCACUGACCUCGUGCAGCUAGCCAAGAAGUCCAAACAGAAGACUCGUGCCCAUUCAUUCCCAUCAAUGAAUAGACAGAAGCGACAGUUCAUCCACGAGCUGUGCGAACACUUUGGCUGCGAGAGCGUCGCAUAUGACGCAGAACCUAACAGAAACGUUGUUGCCACAGCUGAUAAAGAAAAGUCCUGGCUACCGGCGAUGAGCGUGCUGGAGGUGCUGGCUCGCGAGGCGGGCAAGCGCCGCGUGCCGGGCCCCGUCCUGCGCGCACCCGCGCACGCGCCCGCCGCGCCCGCGCCCCCCUCCGCGCACGCGCAAACCUCUGCCGCCUCCAAGUCAUCAGGUGGCUGGGCGACGCUGACGUCGACGAACGCGUGGGCGGCUCGCAGCCAGCCCAAGCAGGCGCCUAAGAUAGACUACUUUGACAACCCACCCGAAAACUGAACGAUUAGCUCAAUUCGGACCAGAUGAGUGCAUAUGUCACCAAUGUAUAUUUUAUUAUUUAUUUAAUUUUUCAAAUUUUUUUAUGAAAUCGGUAGAAACUUGAACAUAUGUUUGUAAUUAAACUAUUUGGUCAUUUUUAAUCGUUGUUUGUUACAUUUAAAGUGACAAUAAAAACAUAAGAUAAUAUUUUAAUUAUAAUACAUAUGUAUGUGUUACAAUAUUUCAAAUUAAAAAAUGAUGUUUAUAUUUAAUGUAUCUUAACUUAAUAAAAUACUUGAAAUAAAACUUUAGGCGUAAAUAAUAUAAAUAUGUAUUAUUUGCAUGGUGACUUAGAAUUUAACCGAUUAAUGUCAUAAUUAAUGGAUGCACUUGUCUGUGUCUACUUUUUUAUAAGAAACUUACAAGUGAUUUCUGCAUCAUAGGAAAAAAGGUGAAUAAGGAAGUCAUUCAAAUAAAAAAAUAUAAUACACCAUAGUUAUAUAACACUUUUGUCAUAAUAACUGUUCAACGAAUAGCACCACGGACACAUACAUAAGGCAAUGC